AUGGUGUGCUCCUCCAUCGUCUCAGUUUUGGACGACUUACAACGAGCCUGUGAGGCUGAAUGGGCUCGUUACUGUGGCCAUUGGCGUUGUGUUCAGGCCCUCAAAGCUGCAGUGGUACGAAAGCGUGAUCGAAUUUUCGUCCACAAAGUGAAUGAUUUUACUGAAAGGAAGUUCAUCAUGAGGAACCUUGGUGAUACCAUCUUGACGGCGAGCUGGAAAGUCCAUCUUCCUUUCACAAUUGCUCCAGAAAAAGUCACUAUAAAUCCUGGAGAUGCUCUCUUGGCUACCGGAAGGUUUGCUCCAAGGAAAGCUGGCCCGUACGAAGCUGUGGCAUUGUGCGGGAUUGGUGGCAUGUCUGUCAAGCUUCAACUGCAUGGAGUUGGAAAGCAUUCUUUCCUUACACUAUCCCAAACGAUGAUAAACUUUGGAUCUCUUUUCCUUGGCACUCUAACAUAUAGACCUACUGUUGCUGGUUCGUGUCCCGUGGAACACUUCGACCUUGUUGUCCCACAAACCAGCCCAGUUUCGUUUACUUGCGUUGGUGGAGUAUUGAGGCCAACAGUAAGAAUCUCAUCUUUUACUGUCAGCUUUGGCACUGUCGAGUCAGGGGGACACAGCUCACGCUCCAUCACAUUGAAAAAUCAGACAGAUCUGCCCGUACUGUUUCAAUUUAUGCCGGGUGACAUGGGGGUAUUCCAGUUCCAUGAAUCAAAUGGCUGCAUUGCUCCAAGAAGCACAGUGAUACUGACGGUCAAGUUUAAGCCCAUAGAGCCUGCCAAUUACUACGUGCGUGUCAUGUGCAUUAUCAAAGAUCAGUAUCCCUUAUAUUGUGAUCUGGUUGGUACUUGCUACAGGGACAUCGUGAGAGCAUCAACUUUGAUGUCCUACCAUAUAGAUCGUCAUCGACAGUCAUUAAUUGACCGAAAAGGAAAAAAACCCGAGCCUAUGACUACAAACUUUUGGAGCUCCGACAGGACACAAGUUGCUGAGGGCGAUGAGUCGGAGGUGGAAGAUUUUGAUCAAUGGAACAUGAGCACAGUAUCAGAGCACGGUACAACGACGGUUCCUGAUAUGCUCAAAGGCCUUCUAGUGCCUCGAGAGAACAGAAAGAGUAUGUUGGGGGACUUUUUUGUGGAUUCUAUUCCGGUUUUUUCCAAAGCUGUAAUGAAAGCUAACGAAGUCUGGGACGAAUAUUUUAAUGGGAGCAUGGACGGAUGGGACCCGGUGACCCUGGAUGUGACACAGGUUGACUUUGGCAUGUGUGAAUGCAAUGGUUCCUCUCGUACGAAGAACGUAACUGUGAAGAACAAUUCCAGAGGUGGUCAUGUGAACAUCAUCUGGGUGAUCCGGGAACCGCAUCUGGAGAUGAUCAAGCCAACGGGAGCCUAUGUUGACAGUGACUUCAGCGAGAUGAUGUAUUACAAAAAUUUUGACCCGGUAUUUCAGGUCUGCCCGCCGGUCGCUCGAAUCAACGCUGGAGAUCUGUUCACUUUUAAUGUGACUUACAAGCCAAAGCUUCCAAACUUUUACUACUUCAAGCACAUGGCUUGCUUUGUCUACGACAUCAGCAGCUCCAAGGGUACAUCAAACGUGCUACCGCCUUGGACUAUCAUUGGUUCUUGUUUUGGUCAUACUUUCCAUUCUCACUCAUGGGAAGUUCGUCCAGAGGCAUUCUUUGAUCCAGGCAGAGUUGUGUUUCAACCAGCGCUGCAGGGAUCAUGCGUCUACCAAACUGUGGCUCUCCGCAACCUGAAACACACUGCCUUGAGACUGUUACUCCAGAUGGAGGUUUCUAAUGGCACCAGCAUUUGUUUUAAGCCAACAAACAUUGGCACGCGAGAACAUUUACCAAUUAUCCUCACCAACACAAGUGACAUUGCUUUGCAGUAUGACUGCCUCGUGCCGAUGGAAUAUGGAGACAUAAUUUCUCUCUCUCCGGCAUCUGGAGUUUUACGAGGAAAGGAAAAGCAGGAGGUGAUUUGCACUUUUAGUCCACUUGAUGAGAAGUACUACUCGUUUCAAAUAUCCUGCUCCUACUCUGGUUGCAUUGAGAUGGCCUAUUACCAAGAGCACAAAGUCCUGACGAGGAACUGUCCAACUCCCAAAACGGAUUAUUUCACAUUGGACAUUGAUGGAGAGGGACUAGUUGGAGUUAUCACUGUGGAGCCCGGAAGGGCCGACUUUGGGAUGCUAGUAGUCAAUAACCAAUACGAACACAAGCUUAGCUUAUACAAUUCUACCAAGGGUCUCCUGGAAUAUGCUCUUAGCUGCCACUCAUUGUCCAUUACCUCAGACAAGUACUCGAUUACUUUCGACGCUCCUACAGACUCUAUAGCACCCAAAUCAUACAAGGACGUUAUGGUGUUGUUUACGCUCAAGUACAAUAUACAUUAUAAGAUGGACAUCCAAUGCAAAACGCUGGCUCCCACAACUGACGAAUGUCUCGCCAAGCACAAGCCUGUCGGCACUUACACAACAUGUGCUUUCUCGGCUGUUGCUGCGUAUCCAGGUGUAGUUAUUUCGGGGGUUAGGAGUGAGAGGCUCAGCGCUGCUCAGCUCUGGAGUCGCUUGCGGAUAGACGACUUGAAUCACGCGCUGAGCGAGCCUCCAAGACCAGCUCUUACGAACUCGGUCUACAAGUAUCUUUUUGGCCUUGGAAAGCCACUGGACGACUUUAAGCCAUUCAUGCUCCGGUUCAUGGCUCAAAAUGUCGGACGGAAGCCUUCAGUGGUGCACAUUGUUUUUACUUGUCGAGUUCCUCUCACGGUCUCAUGGAAGAUUCGGCUUUGGAAUGACACCGAGGUUGACAUAGAAAGCUGGGUAGAAGAUGGCGAGCCAAGCGAAGAAGAAAAGCGACUGGUGCAGGUCUGGAAAAUGAAGCUCUUUGAGGUGGAACCGAGGCGAGGGGUGAUCCAGCCAGGCGAGGAAGUACAUGUGAGAUUCACCUACUACCACAAAAUUGAAGGCUUUCACAGUUUCCCUGCCAUUUUUGAGAUAGAGGGUGGCUGCGUGGUCCAGUUGAUGCUCAGUGGCAAAACCCUUCCUUUCUCACAGAAGAUUCUGGGUUUACAGAGUCCAGCCUAUACCCUCGUGCCCAUUGUCAUCGGAGACAUUAAUCCACCAGUCCAAACUUAUGAGCUCCGGAACGAUGGCUACAUGGAACUAGUGUACGAGCUCGACACCAGCCCUCUGCGACAGAUGCAAGACGAGAACCAUGGGUUUCCUGUGCUCCAGUGCUUUAAUCCCAAAGGAUGGAUAGCUCCUUCGGAAUCUAUUCUUUUGAAAUGGCUCUUUCAGCCACUGGAACCAAAACUUUAUUCAGUCAGACUAACUUUCUACGUCGAGGGUGGAAAGCAAAACAACCUCGACAUCCAGGGAAUGGGAUUCAGCUCCACGGAGAGAGCCUCUCUCCGUUACACACAGCUAAGGCCGCCCUUUGGAAAAGCGUACAUGUGGUCUGGGUUGCCGGCCAAGCUCUCAACUGAGUUCUUGGACUUUGGCCACGUCAAGGAGCUCACCCUUACUCAGAAGCUGGUGAGCAUCCAAAACGUCUCAGAUGAGUAUGAGGUGUCUUACAAUUGGAGGAACAGCAUGGCAGCCGAUUUUAUGAUAUACGGUGACUUUGACGUGUUUCCUCGGAGUGGAGUUAUCCAGCCACAGGAAGAGAUUCUAUGCAAGGUGAGAUUCAGGGCCGGGAUUCAGCCUCAGUACUUUAUGACAACUCUCUAUUGCGACAUUGCCGUCGUGAAUUUGGAGCCACCUCCCCGGCAAGUUCUUAUCCAGCCAUCGACUCCUGAAGAAGUGAUUGACAGAGACGGGUAUAGACUCGGCACAGGAGUUUACAACAAAAUGUUCAGGCACAUUCCAGUCAUUAACCAGUGUCCUGAAGGAAUGCGAGGCAGGUUACCACACUUUACACCCAGGCCCCUGUCAGCACUGCCGACGCCACCCAAGAUUGCUGUUCCGCCCGACCAGGUUCUUUUUCUCACUGUCAACACGGAAGUGCACACGGCUGAAAAGUUUCAUUCGACAAGCGAGCGGGUUAUGAAGGAAUUUAUCUCCUUUCGGGACGACCAAGAUGAGAAAAGGCUGAAUGAAUCAUCAAGAGAGGUCCAAUCAGAGAUGGCAGGUCUGAUGCUCAUGGAGAUGCUCCAAGAGUUCCUUUUUGAAGAGGCCAAAGAUAGCGACCAGAGCUCCUUCCGGGCCUUCGAUGACAAGCGAGUGGUCUACUUUGAAGAGAUCAAAGGAUUGUCAAGCCAGGGAGCUGAUUGCACUAAGGCAAAGAUAAAACUGGACAAACUUGACUGGGAGGAUGCUUUUAAAGUGACUCAGAAGAACAUGGUGGAACUUGUUCUGGACAGUCUUUUAUUUGGCACUGUCAAGGAUAUGUGUGAAAAUAGCUUCACUAGCUGCACCAGAAGUUCUAGGCAGUGCAAAUAG